AUGAAAUUAAAAAUAUCAACAUUUAAAGAACCUAAACACAUAGGAAUCGUUACCUGUGUAUGUUGGAACAAUACAGAAGAUGUUUUCUCAUGUGGAGACGAUCAUAAGUUAUUGAAAUGGAAUUUAGUAAACAACGAAUGUAUGACUAUAACUACCUUCACGGAAGAUUUUUUUCCCACAUCAAUUAGUUUAUUUCCAAAAACAAGCCAAGGUGGCAUAAAAAAUCAACAUGAUGUCAUUUUAAUUUCAUCUGCUGAUGGCAAGUUUCAUAUUCUUAAUCAUAAUGGGCGGAUCGAAAAAAGUGUUAUAGCUCACCAGGGAGCAUGCUUAACUGCUCAAUGGAGUCCUGAUGGUGCAGGUCUUUUAACUGGUGGAGAAGAUGGCUGCGUUAAAAUCUGGUCUAGAAACGGCUUGCUGCGAUCUAGUAUAGUACAAUCUGAUGUACCAUGCUUCAGUGCAAGUUGGAGUCCUGAUUGUGGGGCAAUUCUUUAUACGAAGGGCGACCAUGUUGUUAUCAAGCACUUAAACUCUAAUACGAAAGUAACAAAAUGGAAGGCACAUGAUGGACUUAUUCUCUGCAUAGCUUGGAACCCAAAUUACAAUCUAAUAAUUACUGGCGGAGAAGAUGGAUAUGCUAAGGUCUGGGAUACAUUUGGGCAGCUUAUGUAUGUUAGUGUGAAGCAUGAUCAACCCUUAACCAGUGUGACUUGGUCACCUGCUGGAAAUAUGUUUGUCGUUGGCAGUUUCAAUCUAAUAAGACUCUGUGAUUCAAAUGGGCGUUCUUACUGUUUAGAUAGACCAUCUACAGGUAGCAUCUUUAGUAUUUCGUGGUCUUCCGAUGGUACCCAGUUGGCUGCAGCAUGUGCUAAUGGCCAAGUUCUCUUUGCCCAUAUCAUAGACAGGGAAUAUACAUGGAAAAACUACACUUGCAAACAAAUCACCCGCAAAGUAGUUGCGAUAAAGGAUAUUAUUUCUGACCAAAGCGAUCAAAUUGAUUAUCCCGAUCGUGUUAUUCAGAUAGCCCUAGGCUACAACUAUUUGGUGAUUGCUACAGUCAAACAAUGUUUUAUCCAUAAGUUGACAUCUUGGAAUACUCCUGUCACUUUUGAUCUCAAAGAGGGUAGUAUCAGCAUGAUAUUACUCGCCGAAAGGUGUAUCUGCGUAAUAGAACGAGCAGGAGUGUCAAUAUAUAGUUAUAUGGGUCGCUUGCUCGCCAGCCCAAGAAUACUCCGUCCAGAGACAGUUGGAUGGACCUCUGUGUCUCUAGGACCAGAUACUUUGGCCGUUAUUGACCAUGCUGAUAGGAAAGUGAUACAAGUAUUUGAACUCCCCACUGGUCUUAUUGUACGAAGCUCAACAGACAAUAUUGUGACAAAGUUGACUCACAAAAUGACCGUAUCAUGUAUCGCGCUGAGCCAAACGGGACCAUUAAAUGAGAGACAAAUCGCACUAUUGGAUUAUAACAGAGACUUAUAUGUCGUGACGUUCAAGGAAGCUAAGCCAAAGUUUUUAAAAUUGGGUGCACAAGUCUUGAAUAUAAGUUGGAGCAGUGAAUCAGAGCUACUGGUAGGCUUACGAGCGAACUCCGUUGUAGCAUGGUGUUGUCCACGCGCUGCAACUCAACCUGAUUGGGUAGCACUCACAACCGUUAGCAAGGAUAUAACUGAUUUGGGUAGAAACCCGAGUAUAGCAAGCAUUGAAGAGGGGGUAGUUUGCAUUUGCCGCGGUAAUGGGUCCCUAGUACGUGUUUCACUCGCCAUUUUUCCUGAGAAAUUAUUAAAACAUAUUGAAGGCAACGUCUGGGAUGCUGCAUUACAACUGUGCCGAACAGUAGAAGAUGAAGCCUUAUGGGCGUGCCUCGCAGUACUCGCGUGGCAACACAAUCAGUUAGCCAUUGCGGAGGAAGCAUUUGCACUUAUUCAUCAAUAUCAUCAAGUAUUUUAUAUCCAGCACUUGAGGAAGACAAUUCCGGAGAAACUAUCUACAAAUCAACAAUUAUCAUCAGUGAAAGCAGACGUAUGA